AGUAGUCAUUCGAGUUCCGAAAGCCCCACAGACGAAUUAAGUCCCCCUGUGGUCCAGCCUAUCCCAAGCUGUUUUUGACGACGACCCUUCAUAUAUCAUAUAUAUGUCAUUCCCCACCGCACCCGAAUCCAUUAGCACCAUCUGAAUCCCGCCUAUCCCACACCGAAACUCCCUAAAUUCAAAUCCUUCCAGCGGGAUGAUCAGACGUUGUGUUCCUUCGAAUCAAUAUAUCGUGCUGAACUACCCCGAUGUAUGAGCUCAUAUCCUUUAAGCUUCAACAGAAUCCAAAUGACACUCAUCUGAAGAGGCGCAGUUUCCAUCACCGCUUGAUAGGACUUGUCGGCUUCUCUGACUUCAGUUGGCUGGUCGCGGCAGCAGACUUCGGUCGACUUGGAAUACCAAUGAGCGAGGAUGGAAGGCAGGAGGGUAUGGGGAGAUAUGAGCUCGUUAUGCCUGACAGGAAGUUUCGGGAGGGAUGGCGACGGAGGUAUACCGUGUACACUGAGUAUCGAAAUACGGAACCAGAGAAUCAAGCGGAGAGUAGUACUUCGGGAGAGAUCUCGGGGUAUUAUCAGGGACACCUCAUUCCCUAUCCCACCAACAUCACAAAUGUUUGGAUAGUUCGAGGCAAUCCGCGCAAAAUCAUACGUAAUGACGAGAACUCCUUUCCCGGUGCUAUGUGCCAGUCACGGUCACGGACGAAGUGGAAUAUCAUUGGAUAUUCUAAUCCAGGCCAGUAAUGAUUCACGUGUGUUGCUACUGUUAACAAGAUUAACAACAAUGUAUAUAAUAAAGGAUUUUACAUUGGAAGAUUCAAGAACCCUGGCACCGGUGUCACUGAUGCAGAUGUCUGAGUCUGUAAUGUGUCGAUUGUCUGUGAGUUGUCGCGGCUUAGGAGGGUUGGAACUCUGGA